AAAAAAAAUAGGAGAUUAGUCAGCUAUUAAGUGUUAUAAUGAAAUAAAGUAACAGCACAUGUGAUUGUUACUUUUACUAUAAGAAAAUUAAUCUUUUGUUAACCACGAUGAAUCCGAAAGAGAUCAUUAGGUUUGUAGUCCCAUACCAAGAGGCAAAUUAUUUGUCAUUUCUAGUUUACCCAUCCUAUUUUUCCACUAGAGGGCAGUCAAACCACUUACUUAGGGCUAUGCCUUAAAAUGUAUAAGUGCAGAUUUUUGUACAGUAUAAAAUUGCUUUGAAUUUUAAUUUUUUAUUUAUUUCAGAUUGUGAUGGUUUUGGAACAUUUGGUAAAUUUCUCAACACGUAUUGGGGCUUUAAUUGGGGCUUUCAAGUAGUUGAAAGUAAGCCAUUCUAGUAUUUUUUUUAUGACCUCGAGGCAUUUCAUUUCACACAAUUACUCCCUUUCUCAUAUUUGGACGCACAAAUGGUAUUUUUUUUUUUUUGUCAUCUGCCUAUAGCAUUUUCCAUUAUAUCUCUCAGUAAUUUCUCACAUGAUGCUCACUAUCAGUCAUGUAGCUAGGCCAUAAACCUGUUAAUUUGUGGAAAAAAGUAUUUGAAAAUGCCAGCAGAGGCAUUAUGAAUAUCAAAUAUGAUAUUAACAGCGUCCACUACCCCUGGUUAGUUCUUUAAUCUCCUAAACUCAGCCCAACUCGUACUCUUCCCCUUGCUGAACUUGAUUCAUCCGUAGGGCCAGCAGUCCUCAUCUCAUCUGUAUUGUUGUCUUGGUCGUCUGAACCGGGUCAGAACAGCACAGCAUCACGUCCGCUCUGUUCUUAUCAGCUGGCAGGCUGUGUGAUCUGACCGGCAUGGGGGCCUGACUACAGUAAACUCCAGCAGAGGCGAUGAAAAGUUUCUCAUUGUUUGGCCACCGGCACACAAAGAUAAGGCUCAGCGGUUUCCCCUUCUUAGAGGGAGGUGACCAAGCCAACCUUGGGCUGGUGAGGUGGCUUCACAAAGGAGCCACUUAACAAGUCAUAAGUGUUUAGUGGCCUCUGGACCUCUAGGGGACCUGAGAGGAAUCCUAUAUGAUCCUGAAGAGGACAGUCAAACCACACCCGUCAGCAACGGGACUAUUGAUUCCAGCCCGCUGAUGGAAUGCGGCCCUGCCACGACAAGAGGACAAGAGGUCUCCAGAGCAGAAUGAGUGGUGGCUGGUGGAGAUGUUCGGGGGUGGAAGGGCCGGACAAGGGAGGUGAAUCUUGUGACUCAUAUCAGGCAGAGAGUGCAACGAGACAAACGGCAGUGAAGGGAGAACAGACGGAGCACACACUGCCCUGAGGGCCGUGUUUCGCGUGGAGCCACAGUGGCAUUUUUAAACCGGCAUCUCAUUAGCUGUAGCCUAGAAGGUAAAGCAUUUGUUUAAACGGACUCUAUUAUUCAAAGUUUUUUUCUAAAAGAAACCCAACUGGUAGGGUUGUUUCUGGCGCGGUGGUUUCUGGUUGAGGUGUUUCUGGGAGCUUGCAACACGAGCUCUGCAGUGCUGACGGGUCGGCUGCUCGGCAAGGAGACGAGAGAGAAGAGGGACUGAGGGAGACGGCCAUGUACGGCUGCGGGUUUUCGGCGUUUCGUCUGGAGGCCAGGGGGGCCAUGAAAGCGGCCCUCGUGUCAGCCGAGAACCUCCAGCUCUCGCUGCAGCCGGAGCUCAGCCAGGAGGAGCAGGCCCUGACCCGGGCCCGCCGCUGCCAUGACCACAAGGAGGCGCAGGGUCCCGGGUACGGACGUUCUUGUAGGAACGAUGAGCUUAAGGAGAUGUUGGAGAGCAACAAGGAGUCUCUCAAGCUGGAGGCCAUGAAGAGGAUCAUAGGGCUCAUCGCCAAAGGGAAAAAUGCAUCUGAAUUGUUUCCUGCGGUGGUGAAGAAUGUUGCAAACAAAAACAUUGAGCUGAAGAAGCUGGUGUACGUGUACCUAGUCCGCUAUGCUGAGGAGCAGCAGGACCUGGCCCUGCUCUCCAUCAGUACCUUCCAGAGAGCGCUGAAGGACCCCAACCAGCUGAUCCGAGCUAGUGCGCUACGUGUGUUGUCCAGUAUCCGGGUGCCCAUCAUCGUCCCCAUCAUGAUGCUGGCCAUCAAAGAGUCCGCCAGUGACAUGUCUCCGUACGUGAGGAAGACCUCGGCCCAUGCCAUCCAGAAGCUCUACAGCCUGGACCCAGAGCAGAGGGAACACCUCAUCGAAGUCAUUGAGAAACUAUUGAAAGACAAAAGCACACUGGUGGCAGGCAGUGUGGUGAUGGCGUUCGAGGAGGUGUGUCCUGACCGCAUCGACCUGAUCCACAAGAACUACCGCAAGCUGUGUAACCUGCUGGUGGACGUGGAGGAGUGGGGCCAGGUGGUGAUCAUCUCCAUGCUAACGCGCUACGCCCGCACCCAGUUCACCAGCCCCUGGCAGGAGGGUGUCUCAUUUGAUGAGAACAACGAGAAGGCCUUCUACGACUCUGAUUCGGAGGAGAAGAGAGACGAGACGGAGACCAAGCCCUACAUGAUGGACCCAGACCACCGACUGCUGCUGCGCAACACCAAGCCGCUUCUGCAGAGCAGGAACACUGCAGUGGUGAUGGCCGUGGCCCAGCUCUACUGGCACCUUGCACCGACGCACGAAGUCAGCGCUGUCACCAAGUCCCUGGUCAGACUGCUCAGAAGCCACAGAGAGGUGCAGUACGUGGUGCUGCAAAACAUUGCCACCAUGUCGAUCCAGAGGAAGGGCAUGUUUGAACCCUACAUGAAGAGCUUCUACGUGAGAUCAACAGACCCCACGCACAUCAAAACACUGAAGCUGGAGAUUCUCACCAACCUGGCGAACGAGGCAAACAUAUCCACCAUUCUGAGAGAAUUCCAGACCUAUGUGAAGAGCCAGGACAAAGCGUUUGCUGCCGCCACCAUUCAGGCCAUCGGCAGGUGUGCCACCAACAUCUCUGAGGUCACAGACACCUGUCUCAAUGGCCUGGUGCUGCUGCUCUCCAACCGAGACGAGACGGUGGUGGCGGAGAGUGUGGUGGUGAUCAAGAAGCUCCUGCAGACCCAACCCACCCAGCACAGUGAAAUCAUCAAGCACAUGGCCAAGCUCUUUGACAAGAUCACGGUGGCGAUGGCCCGGGCCAGCAUCCUGUGGCUGAUCGGGGAGUACUGCGAGAGGGUGCCCAAGAUCGCCCCCGACGUCCUCCGCAAGAUGGCCAAGAGCUUCACGUCGGAGGAGGACAUCGUCAAGCUGCAGAUCGUCAACCUGGCCGCCAAACUCUACCUGACCAACUCCAAACAGACCAAGCUGCUGACCCAGUACAUCCUGAACCUGGGGAAGUACGACCAGAACUACGACAUCCGCGACCGCACACGCUUCAUACGCCAGCUGAUCGUGCCCAACGAAAAGAGCGGAGCGCUCAGCAAAUACGCACGCCGCAUCCUGCUGGCCCCCAAGCCGGCGCCACUGUUGCAGUCGGCCUUCAAAGACCGCGAUCGCUACCAGCUGGGAACGCUGUCCCACAGCCUCAACCUCAAAGCGUCGGGCUACCAGGAGCUCUCUGAUUGGCCAGCGGUUGCUCCGGACCAGUCCGUGAGGAACGUGGAGGUCAUCGAGCCGGUGAAUGAGUGGGUGCCCACCGUGGGGAAGUCCAAGCCGGCCAAGUCAGCCAAGUCAGAGGACAAGUUCUACUCUGACUCCGAGGGCGAGCAGGUGGACCGCAAAGGAUCCAAGAACAGCAGCAGCAGCAGCAACGACAGCAGCAGCAGCAGCAGCAGCAGCAGUAGUGAAGGCUCAGGCUCCGAGGAAAGCGACGAGGAGACGAGCGACGAGUCGCCAAAGAGUUCCAGCCAAUCAGGGGAGGGGUCCAGUGAGUCCGAAACGGACCAGAAGAAGGAGAAGAAUAAGAAAAACACUGAUUCCAAAGCCAAGUCGAAAGCUGUCAACAGCGAGUCUGAGGAGAACAACAACAUGGUCAGCAGCUCUUCAGAGGACGGCUCCUCCUCCUCCUCCUCAGACUCGGACUCGGACACAGAGCAGAAGAAGAGCUCCAGCAGGUCCAAACCUAAGGUGCACGAGCGGCCCCCGAAGGAGGUGUCUCUGCUGGAUCUGGAUGACGUGGCUCCAUCCGCCCCGACCACACCCAAGGCCUCAGCGUACUCCCCCAGUCUGCUGUCAGACCUGGAGGGACUGUCUCUCUCCAGCGUAUCCUCCCCAAUGCAGGUGACGGUGCAGCCCUUCGGGCCGGUAAAGAGCCACGAGUUGCUCCACCACAUGUCGGGCAAGGGCCUCUCGGCGCGCUACCACUUCCCCCGGCAGCCCUUCCUGUACCAGCCCAGCAUGGUGCAACUGCAGAUCACCCUGACCAACGCCUCGGACCAACCCCUGGAGGGGAUCCACCUGGGGGAGCACAGCCCUGCCAGCCUCACCCUGCACCGCUUCAGCCCUGUCGAACGACUUGAGCCACAGGCCUCGGUUACCGUUUCCAUGGGAAUCGACUUCAACGACUCCACGCAGGCGGCCAACUUCCAGUUGUGUACUAAAGAGGCAGAGUUCUCGGUGUCCAUCCAGCCUGCAGUAGGUGAGCUGCUGCUCCCCACUAGUCUGUCCCAGGCGGACUUUGAGAAAGAACAAGGCAAACUGCUGGGCAUGAACGAGACCUCGGCCACCAUCACCAUGGCAGAGGGUCAUUGCUCCAGUGCAGUGCUGAACAAGCAGGUCCGCUCCAUGGCCAACCUGGGUGAGGUCAUCACGGGACACAACAACACUCACAGGUUUGCGGGGCGCACAGUGAGCUCUGGGGCCCUGGUCCUGGUGACGGUGGAGAAGAGGGAGGCUGCCGACGCCACCAUCACCGUCAACACCGACAAGAGCGUCAUGGCCUCCAUGCUGCUGAGGGACCUCAAGCAAGCCCUUGCCUCCGCAUAGGGACGGACACACACACGCAUACAUACACAAACACACACACGCAUACAUACACACACACACACACACACACACACACACACACACACACACACACACACACACACACACACACACACACACACACACACACACACACACACACACACACACACACACACACACACACACACACACACACACUUGUCAAUACACUCCCUGUCCAGCUCCCUGUUGGACGCGUGAUGAAGGAUCCGUCUUCAGUGUUGUGAAGUCUGCAGUGACUCGGGUUUCUCUGUUUGUUGUCCGGCUAGUGUUUCAGAGGGGAGGGCCAUGUGACGCCACGACAUGUAGGAGGUCAUAGGUCAAAUGUUAUACAUGUACCCCAUUUAGAGCUGGAGAACGAAAGUGCCAAGGUGCUGUAUUUCAUUGGAUCCCAAUUGUCACGAUUUCUGGAAUCUACACUUAAUUGUUCCUGAUGAUCAUGAAGAGGCUUCCCCUCUUGAGUACUUGAGAUUGUAUGUCAGGGUUGGCUUGAAGCACUUUGACGUUAAUUUCAAUGAAUUCCGAGGUUAUAGUUAGAAAAAUCUCUAGCGUUUCUGUCCGCCGAGUAGAUUUUUAUAGUUCUCUAUAUUGUAGACGACCUCUGUUGUUGGUUGAUCUUCAUGUUUUCAGUAAGUUCUGUUUGAACUCUGAAUGUCCCCCAAGUAAUAUCUCUAAAGUGCCUUUCUGAGUAAUUAAAAAGUAGUUUUUCUAGAAAUACAGUUUAUUCAACAGAAACAUGUCUCUGUAUCUGCAUUACUCAUACUUCAAAAUAAAAAUUUGAAUUAGGACAGAAAAACAAGGAUAAAAUGAUGUUGUGCUUUGUGUCCUUUAUUUCUUUAUUUAGUUUAAUUUGGGUACUGCUGAUAUCCUCAUUGACAACCUUUUUUUGUGAAGCUGUCAUGGACAUCAGAUAUGAAAAGUGAUGUGUACGGCUCUUCAUCUCAUUAAUUCUUCUGUCAUUAAUUAUUGAUGUGAACUAUUUAUAAUUGUCUUCUGGUUUGAGUUAAACUGCUAAAUGUACCCCCAAAAAAUUAAAAAGUUAUCCUGGACUAUCCUUUCCUAUCUACAGUAUAUAACAAAGAUCUACACUCUGCAGGACCGGUAUAUUUAGCACUUUAUGUUUGGUUGUGGUGGUGUUGAAUCCAACUGUUAAAUGACCUAAACUUCCUUGGGAAAUGGGCCG